GGGGGGCCCCUGCCCGGGGGGUCACGAGGGGCCGCCAUGGCCACCAGGCGUUUAACCGACGCUUUCUUGUUGUUGCGGAAUAAUUCCAUCCAAAACCGGCAGCUGUUAGCCGAACAAGUGAGUAGUCCCACCACCGCGAGCGCUCGGCGUUCACGUAGCCAUGCUGCGCUUGCUGAUGACCGCAUGGCUUUGGUCUCAAGCCUUAGCUUAGAUCCAGAAGCAGCCAUUGGCGUGACAAAACGGUUACCCCCGAGAUGGGUGGAUGGAGUGGACGAAAUACACUACGACGUGGGCCGAAUUAAACAGAAGAUGAAAGAAUUAGCCAGCCUUCAUGACAAGCACUUAAACCGACCCACGCUGGAUGACAGCAGCGAGGAGGAGCGUGCCAUUGAGAUCACCACGCAGGAGAUCACUCAGCUCUUCCACAGAUGCCAGCGUGCAGUGCAGGCCCUGCCCAGCCGGGCACGCAGGACCUGCUCGGAACAGGAGGCGCGGCUCCUCCGCAAUGUGGUGGCCUCGCUGGCGCAGACGCUGCAGGAGCUGUCCACCAGCUUCCGGCACGCACAGUCUGGCUACCUCAAACGCAUGAAGAAUCGAGAGGAGAGAUCCCAGCAUUUUUUUGACACGUCAGGACCUCUAAUGGAUGAUGGAGAUGAUACUACCCUUUAUGACCGGGGCUUCACCGACGACCAGUUGGUGCUGGUGGAGCAGAACACGCUGCUGGUGGAGGAGCGGGAACGUGAGAUCCGCCAGAUCGUGCAGUCCAUCUCGGACCUCAACGAGAUCUUCAGGGAGCUGGGCGCCAUGAUCGUGGAGCAGGGUACGGUCCUUGAUAGAAUCGACUAUAACGUUGAACAGUCCUGUAUCAAAACCGAAGACGGCUUGAAGCAGCUUCACAAGGCAGAGCAGUAUCAGAGGAAGAACCGAAAGAUGCUUGUGAUCUUAAUCCUGUUUGUCAUCAUCAUCGCCCUCGUUGUCGUCCUCGUCAGUGUGAAGUCCCGCUAG